UUGACAUGGCAUGACCAUACUUAUAGCACAAGUGAGGUAACAAAAACAAAUUAAUAACAAAAAAAGCCUUUAAAAACUUUAUGACUUGGAAUUCGUGUAUCCCAGAGUACAAUGAAAGUUCUUCAGGUAUUCUUGGUUUGCUUAGUAGCUUCGGGUUCGGCAUUUCAUUCAUCAUAUAUUCUACCAAGCGAUGAUUCCUGGUUUUGUCCCAACUUUUUAAAUGGCACUUUUUCAUGGGUUAAAAGAACCUUGGUUGAAGGUGAGCUUAAAUGGAUGGAACAACUUCCCGAUCUGGUGACAUACCACUUAUACACCCGAGCCAAUCCAAAUAAAAAGCAAAUUCUAACGACGCAUGAUGUUUCGUCAUUACAGCGUUCCAAUUUUAUAAGUUCAAUUCCCACGAGGAUCAUCAUUCAUGGCUUUCAGUCGUCAGCCGAUCUGCCAGUGUGUUCCAUGCUUCGAGAUGCCUACCUUAAGAAGGAGCCCAGCAAUAUAAUUUGUGUCGAUUGGGGUUUGAUUGCAAGCCUAACGUAUCCAACAGCCCGUUUUGUAGCACCGAGUGUUGGCGAUGAUUUGGCAAUGUUUAUUGAUUUCCUUUGCAGAGCCGGUGGUAUGCCUAUUGAGAAUCUACAUGUUAUUGGCCACAGUCUCGGAGCACACGUAGCUGGAAUUUCUGGAAAAUCUUUGAGAAACUAUAAUAGGGAAAUACCUGUGAUCAUUGGAUGUGAUCCAGCGUUGAUUCUAUUCGAUUACGAUGAUUGUUCGUCACGACUUUGUAAAACUGAUGCCGGGUUUGUAGAGACCAUUCAGACUGCUGGGGGAGGACUUGGAUUUUUGGGACCGAUUGGAAGUGGCUCCUACUAUCCAAAUGGUGGUGUAAUCCAACCUGGCUGUGGUAUUGAUAUUAUAGGUGUAUGCGCACAUUCAAGGUCUUACGAGUAUUUAGCUGAAGCUAUUGACCUUGAUGAUUUUCUUACCGUGCAAUGUAGUAGCCUUGCAAGUGCUGUUAAAAAAGCAUGUGGAAGGAAAUACAGCUCGGUUAAAAUGGGAUCGCGAAACAGCUUAGGAGUUAAUGGAAUAUUCUAUGUUCCAGUUAACAGCAAACCGCCUUACGGCAAAGGACAUACAUACUCGUAAGACCCUAUUUCAUUGGAAAUAAAAUUUACAAUAUCUAG